CAGGGUACAAGAGCCUGUUGAAGGACGAUGGGUUCUCGGACUUGAACGUGCUGAAGGUGAGGAGGCUGGUGGGGAUGGCGGUGGCCGAAAUGCUGGGUACGGCCACCUUCUUGGCGAUGGGCUGCGGCAACGUGGUCGGCAACAUCUCCGGAGCGGAACCCACCCACCUCAACACGGUCAUCAGCUUCGCCUUCGGCAUCGCCACCUCCAUCAUUAUCUUCGGCCCGAUCAGCGGGGCUAUAAUGAACCCAGCCCUCAACUUGACGGCAGUCAUCCUGGGCCACAUGUCUUUGCAGAAAUGCCUCUUCUACACCAUCUUCCAACUCUUCGGUGGUUUCCUUGGCGUCUCUUUUAUUAGGAUGGUAACACCAGAUCUUGGGGAAGGAUUCUGUGUUACACAGCCUAAUAGUGAAGUCGGUGUUGGUUCAGCCUUCAUGGUCGAGUUCAUGGGAACAGCAGUCCUAGCCUGGGGUCUCUGCAAUGUCUUGGACCCGAGAAUGAAGGAGCAGGGUAGCGUAGUCGCCUUUAAGUUUCUAGUCAUCAUAACAUCCAUUGCUAUACCAGGCGGCAAAUAUGCAGGAGGCAGUCUCAAUCCAGCCAGAAGUUUUGGACCAGCUUUAGCAGCAGGAUAUUGGGAUAACCAUUGGAUAUACUGGAGUGCCACCUGCUUGGGAGCAGUGUUCGCUGCACUUAUCUACCGCUUCUUCUUCGACCAUGAGAUCUUCGAAGUUGAUCAAAAGAAGGAAGAAUCUAACCCAAUCUAG